GGCUCGCGCUCGACCUGCGGCGCCGGUCCCGCCGCCUGGGCCCCGGGCCCGGCCCCUUCCGCGCCGCCCGGGCGAUGAGAAGCUGCUUCUGCGUGAGACGGAGCCGGGACCCGCCGCCGCCGCAGCCGCCGCCACCGCCGCCCCAGCGGGGAACAGAGCAAUCCGCCAUGCCUGAAGUCAAAGACCUUUCAGAAGCCUUGCCAGAGACGUCAAUGGAUCCCAUCACGGGAGUGGGGGUGGUGGCUUCUCGGAACCGAGCCCCGACAGGCUACGACGUAGUUGCACAGACAGCAGAUGGUGUGGAUGCUGACCUCUGGAAAGACGGCUUAUUUAAAUCCAAGGUUACCAGAUACCUGUGUUUCACAAGAUCAUUUUCCAAAGAAAAUAGCCAUUUAGGGAACGUGUUAGUGGACAUGAAGCUCAUCGACAUCAAGGACACUCUGCCUGUCGGCUUCAUCCCAAUUCAGGAGACGGUAGACACACAGGAAGUGGCUUUUAGGAAGAAGAGGCUGUGCAUUAAAUUCAUCCCACGGGACUCAACCGAAGCUGCCAUUUGUGACAUUCGGAUCAUGGGCCGGACCAAGCAGGCCCCUCCUCAGUACACGUUCAUUGGGGAGUUGAACAGCAUGGGGAUCUGGUAUCGAAUGGGCAGAGUACCAAGAAAUCAUGACUCAUCUCAACCCACGACGCCUUCCCAGUCAUCAGCUGCUUCCACCCCAGCCCCCAACCUUCCCAGGCACAUCUCUCUCACGCUCCCUGCUACCUUCCGAGGCAGGAACAGCACUCGGGCUGACUAUGGGUACCAGCACUCCAAUCUGUAUGCCAUAUCAGCAAUGGAUGGUGUGCCAUUUAUGAUUUCAGAGAAGUUUUCUUGUGUUCCAGAAAGUAUGCAGCCCUUUGAUCUCUUGGGAAUCACCAUCAAAUCUCUGGCAGAAAUUGAAAAAGAGCAGUUUGAUACUCAUGGAACUGAGGCUCAAAGGAGGGACUCUGAUGAUCUCAGAACUCAGAUUCCACCUGGGCCUGUCGGGGAGUUCACAGCCCCUCCCUUGGAGGAAGGGAGCACAGAGCGACAAGAAAGACGCAGGUUCCUGAGACGGUGUGCAGUCGAAAUCUUGGACACCUAAUGACACAUUUCUGUCCAGGAAGAAAUUUGAACUCUGAAACCGAACUUGAUUAAACCCCAAACUGCUGAGACCUUGCCCACUGGGACCGCUCGGGGACUUUGACUUCUGGGUGUCAGAGCUUAAUUAAAAUAUUCAUCCAGCUGCUCUCCCCUCGCCAAGGGGGCCCAGAGGAAUUAAACCAAUAAGCCUAAUUCUAUUAGUUCACCUGCCUGUGUACACAGAGAUGCGGAAGACCAUUUACGGGUUCAGAAAAAAAGCACCAGACCCACCCUGCAGAUUCAGCGUGGGCCGUCACUGCAUCAGCGAAACGGUCCCCUAAACAGAGUUCCACGUAACACUCAGGAGUCUCAGCUCCUGGCUCUAAACACAUGCAGAUAUUUUAAAAUUCUCUUUCAAGAAAACAAAAAUGCCAAGCAAGUCACUGUAAGGAUUUAUGAGUGUGUGUUAUGAUUUAUAUGUCGUCUAUAAUAACAUGUAACAUUUACUGAAUUCUCUGUGCCGCUGGGCUGAGCCUUUCCCAUUCAUGUCUCAAGGAAAUCUUCACUUCCACUCUGUGAAGUAAACACCAUUACUAUCCCCACUUGACAGAUGAGGAAACUGAGGCUCCAUGAGACGAAGUGGCUUGAAGCCCAGAUUUCUCAGACCACAGAGUCUGAGCUCCUAACCCCUAAUAUAAUGAUGGCUUUCCUGACAUCUUGAUCUUUGUUUUAAAUUUUAAUUAUUUUAUAUCUGCCCUACACACACACAGUAUAAAAUUCAGAAGGUAGAGAGGCUGUAAAGGGGAAAGUCAGCCUUGCUCUCACCCUUCCUCGGUCCCUUCCCCAAAACAGUCUCUUUGGACAGUUUCUAAUGUCUCCUUCCAGAGUUGAGGCUUAUUCCAACAAGU